CUUGCUGAGCGCGUGGAGCUGGAGGACGCGGAUCACUCUCCGUCUGAGCAGAAACACCGCGCGCGGCUCACUGCUGUGCGCUGCUGCUGCUGUGCACUACCGCGGCCGAGAAAGUAGGACCGGGAAUAGGCACUGGAGGACACAGCCCACGGCUUCUUCUAAAGACCCCAAAACACCGCGGGAACAGCGUAGUCCUGACAGAGAAUACCGGGUUACUUUUGGAGAUUAAACAGGACAAUAACAAUGACUGAGCGCUUUGACUGUGACAACUGCAAGGAGUCCCUGUAUGGCAGGAAGUACAUUCAGGCAGAGGACAAUCCAUACUGCAUCCCCUGCUACGACAGCCUGUUCGCAAACACCUGCGAUGAGUGCAAGGAGCUCAUUGGUCAUGAUGCGAGGGAGCUGUUCUAUGAAGACAGGCACUACCACGAGCACUGUUUCCGGUGUUUCCGCUGUGACCGUUCGCUUGCUGACGAGCCUUUCACCAGCCAGGACGACGCCCUGCUCUGCAACGACUGCUACUGCAACGAGUUCUCUUCCAAAUGUGUGGCCUGCGACAAGACCGUCAUGCCUGGCACCAGGAAGCUAGAGUACGGUGGCUCCACAUGGCACGAGGGCUGUUUCAUUUGUAACAGCUGUGAGCAGCCCAUCGGCUCCAAGUCCUUCAUCCCAGAUAAGGAUGACCACUACUGUGUGCCCUGCUAUGAGAACAAGUUUGCCCCUCGCUGCACUCGAUGCAAGCAGGUCUUGGCCAAAGGUGGAGUGACCUAUCGUGACGAGCCCUGGCAUAAGGAGUGCUUUUUGUGUACGGGCUGUAAGGUCCAGCUAGCUGGCCAGCACUUCACCUCUCGAGAUGAUAGUCCGUACUGCCUCAAGUGCUUUGGGAACCUCUACGCCAAGAAGUGUGAGGCGUGUAGCAAACCAAUCACAGGUUUUGGUGGAGGGAAGUACAUCUCAUUCGAGGAACGGCAGUGGCACCAGACAUGCUUCACCUGCAGCAGAUGCUCGGUGUCGCUCGUCGGGGCGGGAUUCUUCCCUGAGAGAGAUGAGAUCCUGUGUCGUGACUGCAACAGCAACCUAUAGAGCCUCCAUCCACACUCUAAACACACAUACACACACGCAUACACACACACACAAACACGUGCCUGCAUGCCUCCACACUUACAGACCCACACAAUCCUUCAAGCUUUCACGCAUACUGACCCUGCUCAGCAAACACUGCUGUAUAUACAAGCUGUCUCACUCACAUUUGAUACUCAGGCAGGACACAGACACACAGCAUUUGACAACAUGUACGACAUAUUGGAGGUAUGUGGGAUAUUGCGUGAGGUUCCUCGAUACCUUUGUGGUUUGUUUGUGUAGAAAAGCGGCAGUUCAUUGCUAUUUGCAAUGGAUUCUAUGCAAGACCAGGCUUGGAAGAAAUAAAUCUAUGCAGACUUGUGCCUUAAGAGCCAGAGUAUUGCUCACCCUCUGGGUGUUUUUUAGCAUUUUGUAUUAACUUUUGCCAAUUUCCUUCUCGUUUUGUUAUUUAUAACUACUUCCCUUUUUUUAAAGCUCCAGCCAAAGAACAUUUUGAAACCUUUAAAGCCUUUAAAGUGUCAGACUCAAGUGUCUUGAUGAGCUCAUAGAUUCCUUAGUUGGCUGGUGCAGAGCUAGCUUUGGUUGGGUGGAAAGAAGCCCAUUGUUUUUAUUCCCUUCAGUGACAGCCCGGCCGUGCUCCAUAGACGACAUAAACACAGUCAGGUUUCACAUGCAGAACUGCACUACUGAAGCCACACUUUACAUGAACCACAUGAGGAUGUCUCAUCCCUGAAAUAAGAGAAUGAUGAGAGAGAAAUAUACCUUUUUUAAAUUUUAGGAAAAAAAACACUACAUUGUAAAAAAUAAAAUGAGCACAAGUUUUUUUUUACAGUAUAGUUCUAUAUAUUGGCCUUGUUUUUGCAGAACCUGCACAUGACUGGUGACCGCAGUUGCUAAGAACUAGUUAAAGGAGAACUCCAGUGUAAAAUGGACUUUUGUUGUAGUAAAACAUGAUAAAAAGUAAUUAUCUUUAAUGAAUAGCACACCUCCGUUCUCCCACAGCGUUCCGAGUUCCAGACAUUUUAACAGUUUGUCCAAACACCCUUUAGAGUGGGUGCCACGAGGCAUAAAUCGCUUUUUCCACCAUUAUCCAGGCUCAAAAUAGCUCCACACCUCCUUGCUAGAAUCCAGAGAGCCCUGAUAUUUAAAACGAGGAAUUAAUAACUGUAACACACAGACCAGGUAAUGGGAUGCAAAUGCAGAGAAGCUUUAAUGACAAAAAUCACGAGGCAAAAUCAGAGUCAAAAAAACAGGCAAAUAGUCAAAAUCCAGAAAACCAAAACACAGGAUGAAUAACGCUCAAUAAAGUCACCGAGUGGCAAUAUCUCGCAGAGAAACUGAGCUAGAGUCCCAAUAUAUAUACACAACUGCAAUUAGCCAAUAUGCAUCAGGUGAGUGAGGGCGGAGUCUCAGUAAUCCGGAGAGGCUGAUCUCAGGACAGUGGAACGGUGGCUAGGUGUGACAAUAACUUAAAAAGUGCACAAGAAGCUUAUUAAAAACAACUGUUUACAUCCUAUAACGCGAGCUUCAGCUCUGAGCGCUGCCAUUACUGAACUGAAAAUAACAUAGACAUAUAUAUACAUAGACUCCACAUAGCAUAUUUUACACAUUUUACACCGGAGUUCUCUUUUAAGACUAUGUAAUUGUAUCAGUUAACCUUCUGGAGUCACUGAAUUGUGGGCUCGUCAAAUUUGAUUACUUAAAUUGUUCAAUAUUUCUUCAAUAUACUACUGUGCAUAAUUACAUUUUAAACAUUAUCUGAAUCUGAAUUUGUAGGGUCUUCCCCUUGCCUUGCAUCUUAUUGUAAGAGCAUAUGUGACGCAGAUCCAGAGUUACAAGGUUGUAAAAAUGGCUUGGGAUUCUUAUCAAUUUUAUUGGAAGGCUGGAUUUUAAAAUCAAUUAUCAAUUAUAUCAAUUAGUGAUUUCAUGAGUGUUCAUUCCUCAGUUUUACACAAAGCAUAAACAGAUACACAAAUCCAUAAAUCAACUACAAAGGAGUUACUGGUAGAAAUAUUGAGAAAAAUGUUUAACAUGCUGGUGCAUUUACCGAAUCCAGAAGGUUAAACACAAGAUAUAUAAACAUAUCAACAAGUAUCAAAGAUCAAAGGGUUAUUAAAGUUGACUGUUUUUGUAGUAGCAUUUGACAAAAUUGUGGCUACAGGAAGUUGCAUGUGAUUGGUGAUUGGAUUAUAAUCACAAAAAGUGGAAUAGUUCAAAAAGAAAUGCUGUAGUCUGUGAGCACUUUUGAUGCAGUGUUUAUAUUUAUACAAGUCACUGUUUUGUUACUGAGCGUAUUGUAAUGUUGCAAUCCAAAAUAGGUUCAAUACUCUAAUAGAGUGGUCAAAAUGCUUGUAUGUUUAACAGACCAAAAGUGGCUUUUACAGAAAUGUGGGGAAAUGAAGUUUGCAAAAAAAUCAUGCAUUUGCACUAUGGCUCCAAAUGAAAUCUUGUUCACAGACAGUAGUAAAAAAAAAAGAUUUACACUGCAUGCAUACACUGUAAAUAAACAGAACACAACCCACUCUACCAUUUACCUACACUCUCAAAGAUAAAGGUGCUGCAAAGGGGUUUUUCAUUCAUUUUAAAAUGUCUAGUUGUGGUAUCCAGUAUGAGUGAAUGCCAUGUGAGCCAAUUUUUUUGCAAAAAAAAAAGUGCUCCAGUGUUUCCAUUUAGCCCUGCUUUAGAUCACUGAAUUAGAGGUCUCUGAAGAAAGACAGGAUUUGGCUCUUGCUCAUGAAUAUUCAUACAUGCAAACAUAUGUCCUCUGAUUGGCUAAAAGCACUGCAGCAGAGAAUGCGACCUGCCUUCCCCCUACAGUUAAUGUUACAGCUCUAAAACUCAAAGGACAACAUGUUUUCAGAGAUGCAGCCUUAUCUAAAGAUAUAGCACUGAGUGCUAGGUAAAGUUAACCCUUAAACUUUACUUAACAUCAGAUUCACCCCCAGACUGCCACUAUCCCCGUGGCUAUAUAGACCACCUGUGGGGUCCUGAGCCGAGGUGGGCGAGGCCAUGAAGUCACCGGUUGACGUAGACACCUCCCGUCUCUCUGAUCAACUCGUAUUUCUGAGGAUUUUCUUUUACUGGCUACUGCAGAAGGAAGGCUGAGGAACAGUUUCUUAUGCAGCAUUAUAUACAACUCAAAAAGACCUAUAGUAUUUCACAAAGAACAAGAAAAAGUGGAUUUUAGCGGAAUGAGACCUUUAAAGAGUACUGUAAUAAAGUGAAGCUUCUCAAAACACUUUAAAGAAUUUUUUUUAUGUUAGUAUAAAAAAUUUGUCUAUGGGUUCCAGUAUACUCCAGGGCCGCACCUGUAGACUGCACAUGGGGUCUAGAUGGAACCCUGUGAGAUUAAGGUGGGCUGUAAUGAUGGAGACCAUUAUGGAAGCUCAACUGGGUCCCAGUAAAAACACACAUACAAACCCACUCAAACCCAUCUAACCUAAAUGAGCCCUAUAUGAGAAAUUUCACAUGGGUUAAUAAAAACUCUAUGGCUCUUUGUAGCACCCUUACUUUCAUAGUGUGUAUCAGCUUGCUAAUUCCCUAAUCUUUUGUCUAACACACUUCCUCACUGCUCAUCAUGCAUAGUGUUUUUUUCUCUGUAGUCUUUAAAGAGCUUUGCAUUUGUUUAUAUUUUCUUUGAGCCAUAUUUGCUAAGAGUGAAUGAUCGGGCGAGUCCCACAGAUAUGGAUGUUUAAAAAUGAAAGUGUCAGCAGGAUGGUAUGCAUGCUGUUCUCAAACCUUUUCAUGUCCUAUUCAGGCUUUAUUGAUUAUUUCUCUAAUACCGAUGAUGAUAUUGCUAAAUUUCACCUUUAGAAUAUAUGUAAGUUUAUGUAUUCACUUUGAGCUUUGAUGCUGGCUAGUCAGAGUUAGCUAAUGCUUUUUUUUAUUUGGUCGUUUGUUUGUUUGUUUGUUUUUGAUGAGAUUGGAAGUGUGGUAUUAAUGCUUUUUCAGAUGCAAAGAUUUGUUUGUUGUUAUUAUUUGUUAAUAAAUAUUUUAUGAAUGAA